UGCAGGUGGACGCCAUGUUUCAGUUGUUGUCGAGGAUGUUCAAAUUCUAGAAAUUGCGAUAAUCCCGUGUGAAUGACGUCUGGUGAGACGAUUUAGUCAACACGACAUUGUAGUCAUAUAUUUCAACGUAUUAUCUGCCUUAGCGAAUCGCUUCGUCGUGAAACAGGAGAAAUUGUCGGCCUUCAAAUGCGGAACUACAACACUAAAGGACGCAUGGCGGCCGUGUUCUAACUUGAACUCGUGUGUUUUGGCUCGUCCAAAGUUCAGAACUGAAAUGUAGUAGAGUCUACCGGUGUUUUGUCAUAAAUAAUUCCAGUUUGUCAUAUAUUUGGAAGCUUGAAGCACAGGUUGCUUGAGAAAACGAAGAUGGGAGCAUUUUUAGAUAAGCCGAAAACAGAGAAGCACAAUGAAGGUGGAAUGGGAAAUGGACUUGGCUACGGGCUGAGUAGCAUGCAAGGCUGGAGGGUGGAGAUGGAAGAUGCUCAUAGCGCUGUAAUAGGCCUGCCUUAUGGCCUGAAGGAAUGGUCAUUUUUUGCUGUUUUUGAUGGCCAUGCUGGGGCUAAGGUGUCUGCAACAUGUGCAGAACAGUUACUUGAGCAUAUCAUUGCCAAUGAAGACUUUCGUGGUAAAUUGGAUGUCAAAGCUGCUACAGAGAUACAGCCUUCACUAGAGGAUGUUCAGAAAGGGAUCAAAACUGGGUUCUUGCGCCUGGAUGACAAAAUGCGAGAUAUGCCUGAGGUGGCUAGUGGUGAAGACAAGAGUGGGUCUACUGCAGUCUGUGCUAUUGUCUCACCAGUUCAUCUGUUUUUUGCUAACUGUGGGGAUUCAAGGUCAGUCCUGUCAAGAGCUGGAUGCUGUACGUUUUCCACAACGGACCACAAACCAAUCAACCCAACAGAAAAAGAGCGCAUUCAGAAUGCUGGAGGCAGCGUGAUGAUCCAGCGAGUAAAUGGAUCAUUGGCAGUGUCACGUGCGUUAGGGGACUACGAAUACAAGAAUGUACAAGGCAAAGGACCUUGUGAACAAUUAGUGUCACCAGAACCUGAAAUCUUUGUCAUGGAUCGUUCACAGGAUGAUGAAUUUUUGAUUUUGGCUUGUGAUGGCAUUUGGGAUGUCAUGACAAAUGAAGAACUGUGUGACUUUGUGCGUAGCAGGUUGAAGCUCACAAGUAGCCUGGAACAAGUGUGUAACAUGGUAGUGGACACUUGUUUAUAUAAGGGCAGCAGGGAUAAUAUGAGUAUCGUGAUUGUGUCAUUUCCGGGCUGUCCAGAAGUUAGUGAGGAAGCUGUUAAAAAGGAGGCUGAACUAGAUGAAAGAAUAGAAGCCAAAAUUAAAGAAAUAUUUGAGAAUGCAGAUCAGGUAGACUUUGAUUUGCCCUAUAUAGUUCAUAUGUUAACUGAGGAAGACAUUGAGGGGUUGCCACCUGGUGGAGGAUUGAGUGCUAAGAGAAGCAUUAUAGAAAGUCUAGUGGACAAACUCUUACCAGCUAAUAAAAAACAAGAUAAUCAAGGCCAUGGAGAUGAACUGUACUAGUUGAUGACGGAUCUGUGUCGCAGCUUUCUCAGCGCUUUCAAACUGGCACUUUGUGUGGCUGUUCACAACAGUCGUACAGUGCUCAUAUAUUAUACAUAUACAAACAGUGUGUAUGUAAAUGGAUGGAAGAACAUUAACAAAUAAUCACAAGCUUCUCAAGUGAAACAUAGAAAGAGAAAUGGUUCUGAAUCACUGAGAAACUCUGUUGUAGAUUUGUGUACAUAAUGUUGUAGGCAAGACCAAAUCCAGCUCAGAGGUCAACACUGUACAUGUAGUACUAUUGUAAGGGUGGUUUUUAUAUGGGGGACUAUUUUUCUGAAUGUGGAAAUCCAGUGUCAGUGCUUUGAGUGGGCUUGAUGUGUUGUUAUGGGCACAUUGUUCAGGUCAAUUGAUGUAACAGUACAUAGCACUUGGUUGGUCACUUAUGUAGUGUACCACUCACAUGUUACCAGCUGCCCUGUUUGUAAAUAUUUGUCAGAUAAUGUUGUCAUUUAAAGAGGAGGUAUUUUUUCCCUUUGAUGGAUAACCUUUUCUCGGCCAUACCUUUCAGGCCGGUGUUGGCACAUCCCCUAGUGUGGCAUGGUCAAGGAAGUAUGUCUUCCAAUCAAGGCAGACAAGCUGAUUAUUUCUACAUCAGUGGAAGCCAUUGUGCAACUCAUGAUACAUAUUAAUAUUAGAUUCUGUAUGUAGCCAAUCCCAUUAAUUGCAAGUUUUACUGGUUAAUUACAUGGUAUCCUGCAUUACUUGGGAACAUUUCUUACGUCUAUAAUUAACUAAUUUGUUAUAAGAAUUCUGUGAUGUUUAUAGUUAGAACAAAACAAAUUGUGGCAGAAUGAUUAACAUUUUUUUUUAAAUAGUGACAGAAAUAUUCUUUUGCCACAUUCUUGGUCCAAAUUUGGAUGAAUCAGCUUAUAAUAGCAUAUAAGAAGGUGUUUAUGUGGGCAAAGGCUGUUACAGUUAUGAAGAUAUUUAUAUAUUUUCAGUGAGCAAACAGUCAUACAGUAGGAUAUUGAUAUCUCUGUGCUGUCCUGGAAAUGGUGAAUGUCACUCAUGCAACAUGGCCACAUGUAUGCACCUAGUUUCUGUGUCUGCUGAUCAUGGUUGCAGUCAGUUGCUCAACAACUAAACUCCAUGAAUGCAUCAGGGAUUUUCUUAACCACUCUAUAUGCGGGGGCAGGACUUGUAAAGUGAUUUGGGCUUUACAGAGGACUCCUGGAAUCUUACAGCGAAGUGAACAUUCCAGGAGUGUUGUAUAUAUGUGCACAGUGAUGUGGCUGUGGUGAAGCAGACACCAGCAAAGACACAUCUAGGCAGUUUGUGCGGGGUUAGGAAAAUUGGUGUUUGACGAAAUAGCUCAUUGACCAAAACGGACACAAAUCUGAGCUGAUGGGUUCGGAGAUAGGAUCACACUGGACAAGUCAGUAAAUUCUGCCCAGUGCAAAGAUUCUUAAGAUGGACUGCUCGAGUGCAACUGGUUUUUCUUUUUGUUUCUACUACAUGACACUGACAUUUAAUUACUGUUUUGUCAGGAACAGGAUUAUCUCCCCUGCCACAAUUAACUGGUUUGGUAGAUAUCCACUUAGUGCUACAAUCUGCCAAGAACUUGGCUCCACCCUUCUUUGCUGUGCGCAUUACUUUUCUAAACUUUGCACCCAUGAUCAAUAUCACGUGGGAUGUUGUCACUUGAUGAACAUGCAGCAAAUCUGUAUGAUGUAUAUACCCAUAUGAAUCUAUAUCAAAUACAUUUUAGUAGUGUAGAGCUUUAUUUUUUUUCCCCUUUCACAUCUAGAAUGGAGUUUUGAGUUCCCACAACCGUUUGCUAAAAAAAAAAAGAAAAAAA